GGGUAAGUUGUCUUGUCUCGUGCUUUGAGCAGUGUUUAGCUUUACCUUCUGAACAAGUGACAGAUUUACAAGUGGAGGGAGGAGAACUUUUUUUUUUCCAAGCUUCGCCGUCUCCUCUUCAUUAUGGAGGCUCGGGCACAUUUCUACCGCGAGGAAAUCAACAGCACGGUGUGGGAGGUCCCGGAGAAAUACACACGGCUUAAACAAAUAGGGACCGGGGCGUACGGCUCGGUGUGCUCAGCAAUAAAUGAGAAGACUAAAGAAAAAGUGGCCAUCAAGAAGCUCCACAGGCCCUUCCAGUCAGAGAUCUUCGCUAAGAGGGCCUACAGAGAGCUCCGACUGCUCAAACACAUGAAGCAUGAAAACGUGAUAGGACUUCUCGAUGUGUUUUCAUCUGCCUUAAGCCUCGAUGACAUCCAGGACUUCUACCUGGUGAUGCCUUACAUGUUUACUGACCUGUCGAAGGUGCGAGGUCACCUCACAGAAGACAAAGUCCAGUUUCUCGUCUACCAGAUGCUCUGUGGACUCAGGUACAUUCACAAGGCUGGAAUCAUCCACAGGGAUCUUAAGCCUGGAAACUUGGCUGUAAACCAAGACUGUGAACUGAAGAUCCUGGACUUCGGGCUGGCUCGCAGUACUGAUGCUGAGAUGACGGGCUACGUGGUGACCCGUUGGUACCGGGCACCUGAGGUCAUUCUGAACUGGAUGCACUACACCCAGACUGUGGACAUCUGGUCUGUGGGCUGUAUCAUGGCAGAAAUGAUCAACGGAAAAACCCUUUUCAAAGGGAGAGAUUACAUGGACCAGCUGACUCAGAUCAUGAAAGUGACUGGAGUACCUGGAGCAGAGUUCACACAGAAGCUGGACAGCCAAGAGGCCAAAAACUAUAUCAAGACCCUUCCUCGCUAUCCCAGGAAAGACUUCUCAACGUUGUUCCCCAGAGCCAGUGCAAAGGGUAUUGACUUGCUGGAGAAGAUGCUGGUUCUGGACGGAGACGAGAGACCCACAGCUGAGCUAGCUCUGGAGCACCCAUAUUUCGACAGCCUCAGGGACACAGAGGACUUACCUGAGCCUGCAUCGUACGAUGACAGCCAUGACAACGCCACAUUGACCCUGGAUGAGUGGAAGCGGUUAUGCUUUAGAGAGGUGGGAAGCUUUGUGCCGUUCCCACGGCGGGACUCUAAGAGGAAACACACCCUGACUAUUUCUCCGUGACCUGAUCAAUAUCUUGUAACUACUGAUGCCCCAACCUACCCCAGCAUAUUGCCAAUGGUGCCCUUGUAUAUUCCAACCAUGGAUUCACUCUGUUUAUUUUAUCAUGGAUAGUGAAGAAUGAUUAUAUCAAAACUGACACACCUUUUGUUUUGUGCAAUUGUUCCCUAAGUGUGGAUUUCUCUUCAUGAUACACAUUCCCUAUCAGUAUAUUGUCUUGCAAAUGUAUUGUGAGUGAAUGUCACAGAGUUUACUGUAGAAUUUACUGUAAUGUGGCUUUUCAAUUAAAUAAUAAGACAAGAUGUGUACAAAGUUCUGUUUUUAUAGCAAAUAUUACAUGUUGCUGCCCAAGAAAGACAGGCCUAACUGAUAGUCAAGUAUAAUCUCUUGUCAUGAAAACCAAUGCAGUGUUGAGGUGAAAAUGUCAUCUUUAUGUUAUCAAAUUAAAAUGAUCAUCAGGGGGAAAAGUUUAGGAUUUGCCAAUGAAUGCCCUGAAAACCCCUGACCAACAAAGACCCCAACUGAUUGAUUUAUUCAUGUCUCUGCUUGUAUGACUUUGUGGUUCCAUACUUCACAACUUUAAAGUCUGAUAUGCUGUGUAUAUCAUAAAUUCUUUUUUGCACCAAAUUGUAUGCCCAACUCUUGUGGAUCUUUCCAGAAUGUAGCAGCCUUUGAAUAUGUACUUGACUGGGCUGGUACAUUUAGAGGCUGCUGUAAGGUUGUGCUGUUUAAUUUAUUGUGUCAUCUAUUUGCACUUGCUACCCACCAUGACACUAAUUUCAAACAUGUUAUACCAUAAAAUAGAAUACUGGUCUGACACACUCUUGAGUAGGCGAGGGUGUGCAUGUGUGUAAAUUGAAAGAAUAAACAGUUUUCAUGAGCAUGCAUGUGUGCGCACAUGUUUAUUGCAGAACAGGUGUGAAAUUUCCACUCCACAUGUAGUUCAGAGUUAUAGUUUGCUGAUUUUGAUUGAAAAUUACACAUUUAGAAUGCAUAAA